AGCGAGAAGGGAAAAGUUCGCGAAUUUAACCCUAAAAAACACGCUCGCCCACGCUCCACCUUAUCAUGAUAUGCUAAUUGAACCCACUCUGAUGAAUCCCAGUGCAAUAAUUCUCCCACUGCAAUAGGAAGCGAGGAUGGAAAGUGUCACGUUCACGGACAACGAGACCAAGUACUUCGGGGACCUCUUUACUCACUUGGAUAGCGAAGGAUCAGGGAUUAUUCCGGUGAAUCAGGUCCACGAGUUCCUCAGGGCCUCCAAGCUCUCGCCCGAAGUCCUCAGCCAGAUUGGCCACGUGUGUGGGGGAGGUAGCCAAGGCUGGUAUGGUAGAAGAGAGUUAUUCGUGGCUCUGAAGCUGGUUGCAGCUGCUCAGAGAGGCCUGCCCGUCAGAACAGAGUCCCUUGCCCUCGGCGUUGAUCUGCCGCUGCCAAGAUUACACACCAACAACAACACGCAUUAUGAAAAUAAUGUGGCUUAUGCUACAAAGGAGAACUGUGCUUCCAGUCCUGACUUGAUACAGCUGAGUGACUCUGAUUGCAAUACUUCACAGAUGGUUGAUGGCGGCUACCGCAUGAUGGAGAGCGAGGACGGCGAGGGCGCAGACGAGCGCAUGAGCGACCCGUCCGGCCGCAUGGUGUCGCACUCGCCCUCCGUCUCGUCGCCCGCGUCCGACUCGCCCACGCCCACCAACAGCGUCCACGAGAAGAGCUGGGGCCAGACGCACGCCCACUGGCACGGCCUUAUAAAUGAUGAGCACCGGCAGUUAUUAGGUACAGAAGAAGACUCAUCUGAGCGUCACUCCUCUGACGAUGAAGAUUACGACGUGUGGACCAUAAAUGAGGAGCAGCGACAGUAUUACACAGAACAGUUUCGAUCUAUGCAGUCAGAUCUCACAGCGCUGUUGUCUGGAACAGCUGCCAAAGAAUUUUUUGAAAAGUCAAAAUUACCGGUUAAUGAAUUAAGUAAAAUAUGGCAACUAGCAGAUGUCACAAGGGAUGGAGCACUCUCCUUAGAAGAGUUUUUCACUGCCAUGCACUUGGUGGUUUUACGAAGAAAUAAUAUAGAACUUCCAGAAUCUCUCCCACCUUCACUUUUUCCACAAAUGCAGCGGAAGAGCAGCAGUAGUGGCGUGGAAGGUGGAAAUUCAGGCGCGUCAGGAAACUCCUCUGUCGUUGCCCAUACUAUUGUUGCCGACAUUGAAACAACUGCCAAAGCCACUCCAGAUCCACUCUCACCAUCCAGAAAUAAGGAGGUGUGUGCGUGGACGAAGUUUGUAGAUUCUCCCACCAGCACUCUUUCAUCACCAGGUUUAAAACCUGUUAAUUUUGACUUCCAAAAGUCAGCUGUUGAACAGGACCCUAAAAUACUGCACCCUAAGGCUGUGAGAUUAACCCCAGAAUCAAAGAGACUAGAUGUAACCGAAGGUGACGGGCCAGCCUCCUUCAGCCCCGAUCCGGCCUUAACUUCUGCGGACAUUACUUCCACAAUGGCUGCCGGUGAGCUGCAACCCUCGCAACCUGCGGCCUCCUCUGCCCCUGGACCCACGCAAGCCAGCCCCAAGAAGAACCAGGAGGGCCAGGAGAUUAAGCCUAUCCAGAGACCCUUGCCAAGAAAACCAGCAGGGUCUGGAGCCGCUGUCAUCCCACCACCACCCCAUUCCACAGUAAGCACUCCACCAGAGGACAAUGGAAUGUAUGGUCCUACAAGUUUACCCAUGAUGCCCAGCGCUCCCUUGUCUGGAGGGAAGAAAGACCCACCUCCUCCGCCACCCCCGAGGCCAGCCCGUACUCACACUCGCUCAUCAUCCCUCGACCUCAAUAAAUUCAAUCGCAGCAGUUUCUUAGGAGCCCCCCCAGCUGUUCCACCACGAGCCUCGCCUGGAGCCAGCUCUCCCAAGAAGUUGAUAUACCAGAAAAGUGAUGGUGACAUGGCAGGAACAGAGACUAGUCAGGGCGAUGAUUCAGCUUUCCCCCUUGAUACCCGACCCACGGUGGAGCACACAAGGGCUUCUGCCUUUGAGGUGUACCGCAAGCCACACCAAGAACUUGGAUCAGCUUUUGAGCGUGUGUCGGGACCGAGGGGUGAAGAGGAGGAAAGAACUCGGCAUAUGUCAACAGGAGCCAGACCAAAGGAUAAGAGAGAGCUGCAAGCUUCAAUUAGAACAACAACUGAAAAGAAUACUAUACUCACCAGAUUAAAUUCUGAGCUUAAUCAAGAAUUAGCUGAGGUGAUGGAAGAAAGAAUUGCACUUGAAAUGCAGCUGGAACAGAUGAAACCUUUCUCUAGUUAGUUGAGACAUGAGUUAAUGCGUACGGGGAGUUGAUCCAUCAUGGAUCUUUUUCUACAUAGUCAGAGGCCUUGAUGAAGGGCAUUUUUAUCUCUCUGAUUCUGUUUUUUUCUCCUUGGGAAAAGUGUUCAUUUAUUUUAUUAUUAUUAAUCCUGUUCCUUUUUUCUUCUUCUGUUGAGAUGUUUGUUCAAGAAUGUUUUUCUUCUUUUCAUUUUUUUUCCCAGUAGAUCGUUAUUUGAUCUGCAUUCCUUAUAAAUAUAUAUAUUUUUCUUUCUCAUUGUACCCUUUCUCUUAUAUUUAUUACAGAUUUAGUGGAUAUUUCUAUAUAUAUUUUAAGAAAUUUUAAGUUCAUUAAUGUUAGAUGCAGUAAUUAAUACUCAACUGCAGCUGUAGAAUGGUAUGAAAAAAAGCUUUGGUUGCACUUUGUUUCUGAUCUGGUUGAAUUGAGGCUUUUCUUUUGAGGCUUCUUUGUAUAUUUGUGUGGAUAGGUUGCUCUUGUUUGUAUAUUAUGCAUAAUUUUUUUUUAUUUAUUUAUAUUUUUUUUUUGGUGGUGUGUUUCUGUCUAUGAAGAAAAGAAAACCAAACAGUGAGGCUUUUCUGUGAGGAACAAGAACUAGGACAUUUCUGAGUACUGUUAUCUGUUGGAUAUGCAUUUUUUGUUUUGUUUUGUUUUUCUUUCAUAAAGAAGAGUAGAUAUUGCCAAGACAGUCAUCUUUGACAGUACUGAAGUGUGUUCGUUAUUUUAUGCAGAUGAAUUUUGGAUAAAUCUUGUAUAUGAACAUAGAAGGACAUGACUUGUACAGAACUCUUGCUCUAAAUAUAGUAACUGCCCAUGUUCACUUGGUUAUUAUCUUCUACAUGGCCCAAGCAGUGAUUCUUCCUGAAGCUUUGCUUGUUGUAGAGGAAACGUGAUAUUGAAAUCAAGAAUUUCUGAGAUGUGAGAGCAAAGUUUUACAAAUAGGAUUUCAGAAGACUAGAAGAAUUUGUAAGAUCUGUCAUUCCUCUCAUGUCUUAGAAAGUUUACUGUCAUUCUAAUUAUUGUUACAUUAUACCAUUCACUUAGGCUUAGCCUUUUGAGAUGUUGACAUGCAUGUUAGACUACUGAAAAGUAACUUUUAGAGGAAGUUGUGUUUUUAUGAUUAUAACUUUUUUUUUCUAUUUAUUCAAGUUUUUGUGAUUGAUCUGUUAAGGUUAUUGGAUUUAAUAAGGCUGUGAUAAUCAUUUUGAAAUUAAUGAUAGCUUUCUGUAUCUAGAUGAACAACAACUAGUAUCUGUGAAACUGUUUAGUAGAUGUGAGUGAAUGCUUUGUAGAGGAAGCAUUUUUUUCCAAGAAUUUACUUGUAUCCAUUUAGCAAAGUAGAAACAACAACAAAAACCAAAAAAGGAAAAAAAGGAAUGAAAAAAAUAGAUCCUUUAAAACUGAAUGGAACUCCCGGUAUAGUGUUAGUGAUACUUAUAAUAGUUAUUUUCAUUACUUUUGAAAGUCUAGCUAGAUCUCAGAUUAGUGUUAAUCACUAAGAGUGUGCUUGGACCCCCUCCCCAUUCCAGUAGGUAAUUAGGAGUGAAACCCUUGAUACCAGUACAAUAAUAAUUAAAAAAAAAUAAUUGAGUGUUGAAAAAUGAACAAUCCAUGUGCAUAAUUUUGUAUCUAUAUGCCAGUGCCCUGCCAUUCUCGUUGGUAGUUAUAGGUAUGUUAUUAUUAGUUGAAAAUGCUAGUGGAGUUGCUUCUAGUGUGGUUUAGUAUUCUAGAGGUAAUUUAUCUUUGCAUACGGUAUAUGUGGAGAUGCAUUUUGUGAAUGAACAAGUGAAUGAAUUAUUGAGUUUGAAUAUAUAAAUGAUUGUGGGUGAGUAAGUGAGUGAAUGUGAGUAUAAGUAUGAGUGUGAGUGUGAGUAUGUGUGAGUGAGUGAGUAUGUGUGAGUGAGUGAGUAUGUGUGUGAGUGA